AUGUUUUCCCUGACAGGAAACCCUGAGCUCCAGUUUCUGCGCACACGCAAUCGAUUCAAGGCUGAGCUACAGCUCGAGAUUGAUGCUAUUAGAACGCGCAAGGGGGCUUCGCCUCUUCGUCUGGCACUGGCAGUUGACAACCUCACCGAUCUUAUUGACGAGGUACGUGUAGUUGAACGGGCUAGUGCCGCUAUGUGUAGGGAGAUGCCGAGAUGUCUUACCGUGCUUGAUGGACGCGGUUAUUACGGGCACAAUGGUGCAUUUCUAGAAAAGACUCGCAAGCUUGAGAGCCGGUUGAUUAUGAUUAAGGAUAACCUCAUGCGCCUACAUUCCGAUCGGCAUUGGAUUUCUCGCCAGAUCGAGGCUGUGAACAUAUAUUCAGAUCUUUAG